UGUACGUCGUCUGUUUUCUGUAUAAAAAAAAUGUGAUUGUAUUUUGUUCUUCUCUUGAUUUGACGUUAAACUUUCUCAACAUGGUGUGUGAAACUGAAGUAAGUCGGCCUUGGGCGGAUGAUGAGCUAAAAUCGGACAACACUGGCAAGAAAGCAAUUGCUACAUUUUUGCAAGAGCAUGCUUCCAAAGAAAAAGGUUUCGUUUGCCGAGUUUUAAAAAGAAAGAGAAAGCCAGUAUGGAUGAGAAGGUGUCUGAUGAGCAUGGUACCCAGGCUGCCAAGAAGGUUGCUGCCGUCACAGCCUUCAACAUGGUGAAGAAGCAAGCUGGAACCAGACGAAUCUCAGCGAUGGAGUCAGCUUCAGCUAUGCCUAAACAAUUGAAGAAACUUGAUCUGCAGCUACCACCUCCCAAGACUACCAGACCAACAACAGUUGAUUUUGCUUGCAUGGAAGGUACAGCCUCCAGUGCCUUCCCGAUCCCUGCCUUCACCAAGACAGAUUUCAAUGUCAAUGCUGGGUACGGUGGCGGUACUGCCCUGGUAAUGCUGACUGAUGCCAUCACUGAAAAAUACUCCACUACAGAACUGUGUCUAAUCCGCUGUGGUUUUGACGGCAACCACUACCAGUACACAAUCCUUGAUAAAGCAGGUCAUCACUCCAUGUAUGCUUACAACAGGAUGCACACCGAUCCUGAUGGUUACCUAUCGCCGUGCAUACGAUUUGGUUUCUCUAGAGCAACUGUCAUUUCCAACCUUGCGCAGAUGGGUCAUUGUGGUUGUAUUCGUGUCUAUGCCGGGCCCAAGGAUAGCGGUAGCGCUACUGUGGAUACCAAGAUUCCUAAAUGUCCUGGCAAGUACGGUAAGGCAUUAUUGGUUUUAUGCAGCGCUCCGGGCGAGAACGGGUCACAUACCUUCAAUUCCUACUUUGUGAGCAUCGGGAAUGAGCCGAGUGAGAUGGUCUUCAGGACAAUUGCCAACAAGAGUUGUGAUGACUUAUGGACGUUUGCAUGUCCAGAAGAAAGCUUAGAGAUCACAGGGCCAGCCCAGAGUCAGUACGGGAUCUGGAACUGUGACGGCAAUAACAACAGCACCGCUCCAGAGAAUGCUGGGAAAGUCUGCCACAUCCAGAUUUUCCAUGGAUCAGAAAGGUCGGUCCUCCUUAAAAACCUCUCCAAGUACAACGGUUACGCCUUGUUGAUCAUGUGCUCGUGCAGCACUGGUGCGGCUGACAGGACAUCUUCCGGUCUGUACUUGGUGACGAUCCAAGAAUGGGGGGUCAAGAGUUCAUUCGUCGCUGGAAGUUCCGAUACUGGCGAGUCUCAAAAUGAUUGGAUCAUCUCUGCUGAUGAUAAUAAUCAGCUGGUGGUGAUUGGUCCUGAUGCACCGUGCCGUUACGGCUUCAUAUCAAACAUUCCAGAAGACGACCCCGAUCCACUUAGAAGAUUCUCAAGUUCGUCCAGCAUAGCAACGGGUUUGGCCAAAGAGUACCGUGGUGAAGUUUACUUGAACGGGAGUACCGUCUAUGGAUGGGUGUCUGAAGUAUCACAGGUCAAAAUCAUGAUCAAUGGCCUGACCGUUGAGCUGGUGGAGGCAGGCCAGCUGUUGGAACAGCCGGAUGGUAGAUUGGGAUUCCAACGGGAGUUGACCAGCGAGGAGAACAGCCCGGGUCUGAAGCUUCUUCAAAUUUUUGGCGUGACGAGCAAUAUCAAACAUGAUCCAGUUAGUAUUGAGCUAGAUGGCUCUCCAUAUCGUAUCGUCAACCAGCCUCAAGGUGUCCUGUAUGCACUCAAUCUAGGAGGACCGAUGCACGAAGCCCUCAACAAAGUGGUCUUUGCAGGAACGGAGACAACAUUUAAGGUGGAUGAUAAGGCAGAUGGUGUGAUAUGUCAACGCAAGUUUGACUGUUGUACAAACUCAGAGAAUAACAUGUAUCACAUGAUGGCCAAUACCAACGAUGGCUUUCUGUUUACAUCAAUCAUUCCAACUCAUCCAGAGUUUGCAGAUGAGAUGUCCUUCAAUAUUCCAGUCAUUAGAGAUGGAGAUUUGACUAUGAAGCUUUACAGUGUCAGCGGGCGUCUACGGGACAAUACCUUUAAAAUCAAUCAAGAAAGUCAACACCAUGACCAAAGCUUUUCUACAAUGGUGAACGACCAGCUUGCCAAAAUCCCUGAAGUCAUUCCAGGUUAUACAGCGAAGGUAGUGUCCUUACCUUUUAUCAGCAAAGGCGAUAACCUUGACUUCCUCAUUCGUAAUGGACCGGGCGGGUGCCACUUGAGCGCCAUUAUGAUUCAUGAUGACUCGUACAAAGAACCCGAGCUAACCAAAGAUGACCAAGAGGAGGAAACCAAGAUCAAACAAAAGUUGGCCGAUACCUUAGUGCCUUUGGAUAGAUCACUAAAUCUAAAACAGAUCAAGAUUGCUGGCUGGUCAUCAAAUCUGCUGGUCAACCCGUCUGGAGAAAAUGGUGACAUGUCACACUGGAACUUCUCUGGUGACUGGCUCAUUAAUGAUGGAGGUGACGAAACAGAAAAAAUGUUUAUAUCCUCCUUCAUGGAGUGUUCCAAGAACCAGGAGGUAGACUUGUCACAAGUCUUCUCAGCCAAGCAUUUAGAUUCGAGCCCAGAAAUACAGGUAUCGGAGUCCUUUCAUGAAGGCAUGAAUCGUGGCGGUUUCUACUCGAUGACUGCUUCUUUACUCACGCACGACGGUAACGUGGUCCAAACACAGACCACUGGGGAACAAGGAACAAUCCAGACUCGUGAUUGGAUCAAAGUUUGCUUCACUUUCAAGGACUAUGGGCCGGGGGUUCGCUCUGUUUCCAUAGAGACAACAGCCCGAGAUGACAAGUACUGGGGCGGUCAUUUUGGCUCCUGCUGCUCAGCGGCCUGCAUUCGGGUCAAGAGUGAGGUCACCCCAGCCUCUGGAGACGGUUACAGUGACAUCCAGCCGACCAACACUGUCAACUUCACCACACAGUUAGGCAAGAUGGUACACAGUCUGUACGAUGCGUAUGAUGACGAGCUUAAGGAAAUGCAAGAGCUGAUCGAUGCAAAGGAAGAUACGAAAGCAUUCCAUGCUAAUCAACCAACUUUGGAAAAGUCCAAAAUCCACAAAAGACCAACACAGGGCAGGAUUAAACGCAAGAAACGCGAGCUGCGGAUCUUUGUCUCCAGUACCUUCAGAGAUUUCACGGAGGAGAGGGAGGUUCUGAUCAAGAAGGCCUUCCGUGAGUUGAACCGGAUUUGCUUGGAUCGUGGAGUGUUCUUCACGUAUGUUGACCUGCGUUGGGGUAUAACUGAAUCACAGACGUGUGAUGGGGAAACAAUCUCAAUAUGCCUGCGUGAGAUUGAGAAAUGCCGACCAUACUUCAUCUGUCUUAUGGGUGACCGCUACGGCUGGAGUCAAACUGAGAAGAAACCGGAUGAGCUACUCAAUAAGAGUUUCAACUAUGCAGUGGAGAAAUUCGACAGCUUGAAGUGGGUUGAUCAAUAUCGCUAUGAAACCAGCGUUACUAAGCUUGAGAUCCUGCAUGGUGCUUUGAAUGAAGAGGAAAAGGCUUGUCAGGGUCGUAAAUUCUUCUACCUCCGUGAACCGCGCAUCAAUAGAGAAGAUCUCCCACCUUCUGAUAAUGAGCCUGAGAAUAAAGGAGAAGAGGGUGCAUCCAAGGAAGCAAAAGAACAACCCAGCAAACCAGGUUUUCUACGUCUAUUGGCUGCCAUGGCAAACAGUAAAGCCAAACAGGACAACAAGAAGGAAGAGGGCGGCAAGAAAGAAGAGGGCGGCAAGAAAGAAGAGAACAGCAAGAAAGAAGAGGCCGGCAAGAAAGAAGAAAAGAAGAAAGGCGAGACUCAGUGGCAUUUUGAUAAGCAGAUAUCCUUGAAAGAUUACGUCCAAUCGUCCGCUGUGAAUCUACGACGCUUUGAAACGGCCGAAGAAGUUUGUGAACUCAUUAAGAAGGACCUCAUUUGGUGCUUCGAUGAAGACUUCCCACCUGGCACAGAGCUCACUGCCCUACAGCGUGAGCAUGAAGCUCACUUAGCCUUCGCCGACCCAAGGCGUAGAAUUUACAUCGGUGGCACGGCCUACAUCAAGCAGAUCAAUGAGUUCUUAGAAAGUACUGGCCAGGAGGACAAAGGGGAGGAGUCCGGUAACAUGCCCUUGGUGAUUCUGGGAGAAUCCGGCUCAGGGAAAUCUGCGUUGGUCGCCAAUUGGAGUCAGGGAUACCAGGAGAAGAACCCGAACAUAUUUCUGUUCAUUCAUUUUAUCGGGAGUUCAUCCGAGAGCGCGUCUCAUCUGAAUCUGCUUAGACGGUUGUAUGAAGAGAUGAAACAGUUCUUUGGCUUUGAUAUGGCCGUGCCCUCAUCCCAGCGGAAUCUGGUCUUGGAGCUAUCCACGUGGCUUCAGAUGGCGGCAAACCAGGCUAAAGUGGUCUUAGUCCUAGAUGCCCUUAACCAGCUGGACAGCGGCUCAGGCUUAGGUGAUGAACAAGAUUUGAAGUGGAUUCCAAAGCGUUUACCCAAAAAUGUGUUUAUGGUUCUCUCGACACUUCCGGGAAGGGCGAUGGAAGCAGUGACACUGGCUGGUUGGCCGACAUUCCAAGUUCAUCCUCUAGACAUGAAUGAGAAGGCUGAGAUUGUGACAGGAUACAUGGAUCUAUAUGGCAAGACGCUGAACGAUGAGCAACGAGCAUUGAUUAUUAAUGCUAAGCAAACCAAUAAUCCAUUGUAUCUCAAAGCUCUUCUUGAUGAGGUUCGUAUCUAUGGAAGUUUCUUCCAGUUGACCACAGCUAUCAAGCAGUACCUAGCAGCAGACAGUCCAGGGGAACUCUUUGUCAAGAUCCUGGAACGAUUUGAGGAUGAUUUCGAGCAGGGACUUGUGGACAGACCUGGUCUUGUCCGGGAUGCGACCGUGGCCCUAUGGUGUUCUCGUCGAGGAAUGAGUGAGCAAGAACUGCUUCAGUUCCUGAAGAUUCCUAGCAGAGUAUGGUCUCCGUUCUACUUGUCUCUGGAGGAGAAUCUUGUCAACCGGAACGGGAUCCUCAACUUCUUCCACGAUCACCUGCGCCAGGCCGUUGAGCGUAAAUACCUGUCCACACCUGAGCUCAAGAGAGAGGGUUUCUUAGCCCUGGCCAACUGGUUCAACACCCAGGAUAUUGACAACAGAUAUGUGGAUGAGGUACCUUACUGUCUCGCUAGAGCCAAGGAGUUUGAGCGUCUUCGAGCAACCAUACUCAAUACGGCUGUCUUUGAGCGCCUCAUGGGUACUGAAGAUGGCAAGUUUCAGCUCAACAAAUCUUGGCAGCUGCUUGGUGGUUACGCAGAGGUUGAGAAUGCUUAUCUUGGAAUCUUGUUAAAGUCUGGAGAAUCUGGAUCUAAAGAUAGUUUGAUCCGAGGAAUGGCUGGAUUUUUCACCCAACUUGGUCUUCUCAAGGGUGCAAGGUUUCUGAAUCAGCGUCUUUUGUCUGAGCUGGAGGCUCGGUACCAAGAGAGUCAUUCCACCAUUGUUUACCAUCACACCAAGUACAGUUACAAGACCAGCUGUAAUCACCCCGAUGUUAUAGAGGUUUUGAUCUCCUUGGGUACAGUCUCAGUCAAACUGGGAGAGUUGGAAACGGCUUAUAAACACUUCCAGGAAGCUCUACAAAGACAGACCCAAGUCAGAACACCUCAUCAGAAGCUUCAUAUUGUCAAGGCAUUGCUAGGAGUGGGGUCGGUGUUCAUUCUUCAGGGCAAUGCCAAUGAGGCAAUUAAACUCUUAAGACGAGCCGAGGAGGUUGCAACAGACGUACUGGGACCAAAACAUCAUUAUGUUGCUGCCAUAAAUGGUCAGAUCGGUCAGCUGUACUACAGUCAGAGCAAACUGGACGACGCUAUGAUCCUCCAUCUGUGGGAUCUGAAGCUGACUCAGAGCGAUGUUGGACUGAACCAUCCCAGGGUCGCAGCAAUCCUAAAUAACUGUGGCCUGGUCCUAGAUGAUAUGAACGACGAGAAGGCGGGAGAUGUGUUCAAGGCAGUCCUUGGGAUCUUGAUGGAGGCGUAUGGGAAGGAUCACGUAGACGUUGCUACUGUCAGAUACAAUCUAGGUGCGUAUUUCUUUGCCACCAGCAUGUACCAGCGAGCCAAGUACCAAUUCGACGAGGCCUUGCGCAUCUUUGUGUUGUUUCUUGAGCACAAUCACCCGAGCAUACAAGCAACAAACACAGCCCUGAAGAAGCUGCAGGAAUUCCUGCAGUAAAUGACCAGGUUCUAUCACCUCCAUGGUUCUUUUUAUGAAACUUUGACUCAUUUUAAUAUGUUGACGACUUCAUUGAUCUCUGUAAAUUGUUGUCACAUAAACCCUGGUUCAUACUUCCUACGAAUGCGAAGCUAAUUUUUAGUGAAUGACGUCACAAAUCUGUCCCCAAGCACAAAAAUUGGCUUAGCAUGACAUUUCUUCCUUGAUAAAAACAGGAUUACCAACCAAAUUUCCAUUUGUUGUCUGUCGCUU